UUAAACCCUUGUCACGUUAGGCUCUUUUUUGCCACUCAGCCAAUGGAUAAAACAGAAGCUGCAUCACGUGGCUCGACGGAAGUGCUUCACACACUUCCCAUGUCUUUGACGUUGAAAUUGAAGGUUGGCAAGCACAGGAUUUCCUCCCACGUGGAGCUGGGUUCUUUGGAGGUUCAACUCACGGCCAUCAUGAGUUCCCUCAGCAUUUUGGAGCACUGCCACAGCCAGAUGAAGGGCACGUGGGAGGCCAACAUGCUGAACUCCAGCAUUCACGAGCUUUCGGCCCUGCGCCACCUGGUUCUGAAGUUCGCAAGACGCCUGCCCUUAUUGGAAGCGGAAGAAUUUGCAAGUUCCGACCAUUUGGGAAGAUGGACAGAAGGGUUGCAGCUUGAGGAGCCUCAUCAGAUGAGAGCCUCUUCUUCCGAGGACAGCGUGAGCGGUCCUUCAUGCAGUGGCGUGCCCUCCGCGCCCACGUCUGCGACCUCAUUCACAUCGCAACAAUCCUGCCCGCUGAAAGACAAGUCAUCUUCCAAGUCCUCCAAUUCCAGUGGCUCCCCAGCUGACGACCACCGCCUCAACGGCGACCUGCUGGGUUCCGCAGACGGCGCGUCUGCGGCCUCGGGGGGUGAGAAGACGCGCCGUUUUCGGGCGAGGAUUUUGAGCGUCAUGAAGGGUUUGCUCUCAAGAAAGCAAACCAGAGUUCAAACACUGAAGAACCACAGUGACGAUGACGACGAUGACGACGACAAUCAUGGCAUCGAUUCCGAAUCCGACGAGGGAAUGGAUGUGAUGUCCAGUGUGGUGCCCGUGCCACCCCAUCGCGUUGUCAACGCUGUGCCUCCUCGGUCCGCCUACAAAUCUGGGCAGAGCCUUCCAGAGCGCGCUGGGCGCGCGCGCCUCCAACAUCAACGCAGAAGUUGAGCCGCAACGCGGACGGAUGGGGAAGGGGCCAUCAGCAGGUGCAGGGCAUGAAAUCCAUGGAUUUUACAAUGGGC